CCCGACACCAGCUGGGCUGCCUGAUAUUAGGGCGAAGUUUCCACCCAUUUCCUUGAUCGCCACCGACCGGCCGGCCGCCCGAUGUCCCCGCUGGUCACCGCCGCCUGCUGUUGUUGCCCCAGCCGCCGCCCGCCGUCGCCUUCCCGGGCCAGUUCUCUCCAGAGGAAGGAACUGACCCUGCUGGAUGUGCCGGAGGACACCUUGCUGGACGUCCUCUCCAGCGUUCCCAAGCGGGACCUGAUCCACAACUGCCGGCUGGUCUGCAAACGGUGGCGUUACCUAGUGGACCUUCCUGUGGUCUGGAAGAGAAAAUGCGAGCGACUUGGCUUCCACCUGCGGCAGCUGGAAGGCAGUCUCCCGGAUUGGAGGGUCUUCUUCUUCAGCUUGAGCCAACGGAAUCUCCUGAGGAACGUUUGCGGAAGAGCGGGACUGAGAUACUGGGAACUGCAUCCCGGGGACUGGAUGGCGGACUGGAUGCCUGAGGAGAUCCCCAGAGGGUUCAAGAAGCAUUUCCCCAAGAUCUUUAAAAAAAAACACAAAUCCCCUCUUCCAGACACUGUUUGGACGUGCUUCGUACCAACGUGGCACCAAGAUGGCGGUCUGAGGUUUUUUGUGAAGAAGAAACAACGGGUUACCUUAAAGAACAGAGGGAUCCCGAACUGGGUAAUGGAUGAAAUGAAGCCCCAAAUCACGGUGAAGGAUUGGUAUUUUAAUGUGGACAAUUCCCACUACCAACUGACGGUGAAGCUGCUCUCUGCCGAUUGCGAAGUCCUCCAAAGUUACUGCAAGAUGUUUGAAGUCCGAGAACGAGUGCCAACCGUGGAAGAAUGGCGGGAGGUUUCGCACGUCUUUGAAAAUUAUCCGUCCGGAGUGCGCCAUGUGGAUUUUGAACACCGAGUGGGCUGGCGGUCUGAAGUGAAAGUAACCAACAGUAGUAUUGCGGUUGAUUUAGUAUGAUGAGGGGGGCAGAACUCUUAAUUUAGCACUUUUUAUGUUUUGAUAUCGUUUUUGAAGGGAGGAAUUUCCUCUGCUUCGAAGUAUUCUCUGAAGCUAUACGUUUACAUUUGCACACCAAUCAUACACGCUGCUGAUGAUCAUUUUACGGGACGAUGGCAAUAUUUUCAGAUCACGGGGAAGCGGGGGGGGAAUAGCAAGUAGAACUGAUUAUUGGAGGUCAUUUCCAUGUUGAAGUUUCCCGUUAAACGUUCGGGCUUAGAGAUCACAAAAGGCUCUUUUUCACACACACACACAUUCUGCGACCAAAAAAAACCACACUUCACAAGCCACGUUGGGAGAACAAGCGAGAACAAAUAUGAAGCUGGAACCCAUGCGGGCAAGAGGGAAAUGUGAUUCUUUUUUUUUUAAUGUGUUAAAUGCCUUGAGUGCGACUUGCUAAUUAUCGAUAUUCACCAUGUGUAUUUUGCUUUUUGCCAUACUGCUUCUUUUAGGCAAAUUCAGAGGCAGGUUUGAUUCGAAAUAGAUUAAAAGUAAAACUUUUGAAAUUCCAGGCCAAAUUUGUCAAAGGUUAUUUUUUAAGUUGCCUGAACAAGUCUAAGGAAGACUGAUCCUCUGUUGUGAAGUACAGUAUAUAGUUAAAUGUGGUAUAUAUAUAAAAAAAUAUGGAAAUAAACCAUCUUUUUUUUUUUUUUGGAAUCUCCUUGUCUAGAAAUGUCUGCGCAGGCUGCCUUUUAAUUCUCAGUUUUCCACCGUUGAAAACUCUUCGUAAAUAUCUCAGGUCUCUUGUUGCCAUUGGAUGCUUUUGAAUUAUUUUGUAAAAUUAAAGUCACUUGGGAUUAUUAUUAUUUUUUUAAAUGUGCUCGAGGAUGCUUUGAAUGCCUUCUUUCUGUAAUAUAUUUAUUAAUAUUAUUAUUUUAAAUUAUACAUUUAUAUUGUGUGUGAACAGAGUGGGUAACAUCAUAUUAAUCCAAUUCACAAUAACAAUAUUAGUGAUCUCUUUCACAUUUCUCAAAUUUAAGUAAAAAAGGUAAAGGUUCCCCUCGCACAUAUGUGCUAGUUGUUCCUGACUCUAGGGGGCGGUGCUCAUCUCCGUUUCAAAGCCGAAGAGCCAGCGUGGUCCGAAGACGUCUCCAUGGUCAUGUGGCCAGCAUGACUCAAUGCCAAAGGCGCACGGAACGCUGUUCCCACCAAAGCUGGUCCCUAUUUUUCUACUUGCAUUUUUUUUAAGUGCUUUCGAACUGCUAGGUUGGCAGAAGCUGGGACAAGUCACAGGAGCUCACCCCGUUACGCGGCACUAGGGAUUCGAACUGCUGAACUGCCGACCUUUUGAUCGACAAGCUCAGCGUCUUACCCACUAAGCCACCGCAUGCUUUCAAAUUUAAAUAAUCCUCGUUAUAUUGUUCAAGCAUACAUAUUCAAAAAAUGCCUAACUCCUCAUCUUUAUCUCUACCUUCAUUUAUAUCAGUGAUGGCUAACCUUUUUGCCAACGCAUGCCAAAAGCAGGGGGGGCCCAUACCCAUACCCAUAAUUCAAUGUGCUCUGCCCCCGCCGCGCAUGCACACAUGACCACCCCCCGUGCUCCCCCUGCUUUUGGCACAUGAUGGCAUGGUAGGCCAAGUAGGCCUCUUUUUCGCCCUCCCAAGGCUCCAGAGCCUUUCUAGGAGUCUGGGGAGGGCAAAAACCGCCUUCCCCACCUUCCGGAGGCCCUCUGGAGGCCGGAAACGGCCCAUUUCCUGAUUUCCGGAAGGCCCGAAAAUCAGCUGGCCGGUGCGCACAUGCACCCUGGAGCUGAACUAGGGCAGCGCUUGUGUGCCCACAGAUAUGGCUCCGUGUGCCGCUUGUGGCACGCUGUGCCAUAGGUUCGCUAUCAUGGAUUUAUAUCUUUCUUGUUCUAUCUAAACAUGUCUCUAUUAUAUAUGAACAAAUUUAAUGAAGUUUCAUUUAUAUUGAUCCAAGUCACGCUAACGUCGUUUAUAAUCUCUCUCACAUUUCUCACAUUUAUAUAUAAUCCGCAUUAUCUUAUUUACACAUCUCCUCUUUAGUACUUCAAUUCUUAUCCAUUGUUUUUCUCAUAUUAAUCCAAUUCACAGUAACGGUAUGAAGAAAUUUAACUAGGUAUCGUUCAUAUUGAUCCAAUUCACAUUAA